GCACGCUAACCGCUAAACUACCGCUCUCCACAUACACAGACACGUAAAUACAUACAUACAAAAACACAAACACGACAAUAUUCGGCUUCACCAUGGAAAACCGCACCGUGGGUCCAUACGACCACUGCAUCGACUCCUUCUACCACCUCAACUGCAGCUCGCCCACGUUCUCCAUGUCGGAACGCACCGCGGCGCUCAGCGCCAUCACCACGCUCAUCCUCGCCACCGUCCUGGGCAACCUCCUCAUCAUCACGUCCAUCGCCUACUUCAGGCAGCUGCAGACUCGCACCAACAUCAUGGCGCUAUCUCUGGCCGUGGCCGACCUCCUGGUCGGUCUCACGGUGAUGCCCUACAGCAUGAUGAAGGCCGUGUACAAGUGCUGGUUCUACGGGCAAUUCUUCUGCAAUCUGCAAUACUUCCUCGACUACAUGCUGACGAACUCCUCCAUCAUGCACCUGGGUUGCAUCGCCUACGACCGCUACGUGGCCAUCUGCGACCCGCUCCGCUACUCGCAGCGGGUGACCAAUCACACCGUGGUGACGAUGCUGCUGAUCUCGUGGUUCGGUCCUGCGCUCUUCUCCUCUCCCAUCCUCGUGAACUUUAACCCCGAGUGGUCGCGUGGCAUCAUCGAGAUCAUCUCGUGCCCGAACCAGUGCCUGUUCUUCGUGAGCACGUGGCUGGUCAGCGUGGUGGGCGUCUGUCCGUACGUGCUCUCUCUACUCACAAUGUCAUACGUUUACGCGAGAAUUUACGUCGUGGCGCGCAGGCAGGGCCGCCAGAUCAGCUCGGUGAGUCUACAGGUCCAUGCCCAACAGCAGCAGCAGCAGCAACAGCAGGCGGAACCUACAAACAUUCGACAGAAGUGGGCGGCGAUGAAACGAGAACACAGCGCGGCCAAGACACUCGGCAGCAUCAUCGGGGUCUACCUGCUGUCCUGGCUGCCCUUCUACAUGGUGGUCUUGUUCUUCCCCAAUUUCCAAAACAGUUCGGCCGCAGUGCGAAUCACCACGUGGAUCGGCUACAUCAGCUCGGCCAUCAACCCCGUGCUCUACGCGACUCUGAAUCGUCCGUUUCGCAGCGCGUUUGUCGCCGUGAUCAGCUGCAAGGUGCUUUCCUCCACUAGGGCGAGGACAAUGGACCUGUCCGGGGUGAAGUAGGCGAUUUCAAGAUGCGAUGAUGCUUGUUUACGCGCGUCGAACACGCGUGUGUG